CCCGGCCCGACCCGUGCCCGUCUGGCGCCUAUCUCUCUCCGCCUCUGGGCCCGUUUCGCUCCUGUCCUUGUGUGCUCUGUCUGGCCCUUCACCGCGCUUCAUUGCUUCUUCGACCGAGAGCCUCUUAGCUCCGUCUUGUUCACCACUGCCGCGGCACUCCGACCCCUUGCAUACUCUCUUCUGCGGUGCCUGCUUCUCCCCAUCUCCUGCAUCGGUGCCCUGUUGUGUUUUUUUUUAAAGGUCCGUAUUAAAUAAUGGCAGGAGAAGGUGAGGAUGUUCAGCCUUUGGUGUGCGACAAUGGAUCUGGAAUGGUCAAGGCCGGUUUCGCGGGAGAUGAUGCUCCCCGCGCUGUGUUUCCCAGCAUCGUCGGACGGCCAAGGCACACUGGUGUGAUGGUGGGCAUGGGACAGAAGGACGCGUAUGUGGGCGACGAGGCCCAGUCGAAGCGGGGCAUCCUGACCCUGAAGUACCCCAUCGAGCACGGGGUGGUGACGAACUGGGACGACAUGGAGAAGAUCUGGCACCACACGUUCUACAACGAGCUGCGCGUGGCGCCGGAGGAGCACCCGGUGCUGCUGACGGAGGCGCCGCUGAACCCGAAGGCGAACAGGGAGAAGAUGACCCAGAUCAUGUUCGAGACGUUCAACGUGCCGGCGAUGUAUGUGGCGAUCCAGGCAGUGCUGUCGCUGUACGCGAGUGGGCGAACGACGGGUAUCGUGCUGGACAGCGGAGACGGCGUGACGCACACAGUGCCGAUCUACGAGGGGUACGCGCUGCCGCAUGCGAUCCUGCGGUUGGACUUGGCGGGGCGGGACUUGACGGACGCACUGAUGAAGAUACUGACGGAGCGCGGGUACUCGUUCACGACGACGGCGGAGAGGGAGAUCGUUCGGGACAUGAAGGAGAAGCUGGCGUACGUGGCGAUCGACUUCGAGCAGGAGCUGGACACGGCUCGGAGCAGCUCGUCGCUGGAGAAGAGCUACGAGCUGCCGGAUGGGCAGGUGAUAACGAUCGGGGCGGAGCGAUUCAGGUGCGCGGAGGUGCUGUUCAACCCGUCGCUGAUCGGGAUGGAAGCGGCAGGGAUCCACGAGACGACGUACAACUCGAUCAUGAAGUGCGACGUGGAUAUCAGGAAGGAUCUGUAUGGGAACAUAGUGCUGUCGGGAGGGUCGACGAUGUUCCCGGGCAUCGCGGAUCGGAUGAGCAAGGAGAUCACGGCACUGGCACCGUCGAGCAUGAAGAUCAAAGUGGUGGCACCCCCGGAGAGGAAGUACAGUGUGUGGAUCGGAGGGUCCAUUCUCGCAUCCCUCAGCACGUUCCAACAGAUGUGGAUUGCGAAAAGCGAGUACGAUGAAUCUGGUCCAUCAAUCGUUCACAGGAAGUGUUUCUAGAUUGUCCAUGUGCACUACUAAACAUUUUUCAGCACACUCCCUUCCCCGGGAUUGAGCUCUUGCUGUGUAGAACUCUCGUUGCAAGUAUCAGUGAUUGCAGACUUUGACUGGUGAGCACAGAUUCAACAGAGGUUUAUUUCGCAGAUGACUAUGGUUUGUAAAAAUAGCAGAUAUCUGGGCUCAAUUCUAACGGCUGGUAUAUGUCAGUACCUAUAAACUUAACUGUUUGUAGCUCUAGAUCGGUGUGGUAAAGUCCGGUACCAAUUCUUGUCCCUUUUCGUAUUAAAUAAAGGGUAUUUUAUUUCAUA